AUUUUUCUCAAUCACACGACAGUGAGCGACCUGUUCAAUUGGAUUGUCUCGGGGUGUUCAUUCCACAGCUAAAUUUUACUGAAAAUCCAAUAGAAAUGGUCUCGUUAUUAUCACGUUCGACAUUUCUAGCUGAAGUCCUUAUGCCAAGGGCUGGUCAGAAGAUUCUGGCUUUGACCUCGGCAGGACAAAAGCGACAUUUGAAUGUUCAGGAGCACGUUUCCUACACGCUCUUGAAUGAGGCCGGCAUCCCAACACCGAAAUUUGGUGUUGCAAAAAGCGGUCAACAGGCUGAAGCGAUAGCCAAGGACCUGAAUACGAAAAAUCUUGUGCUGAAAGCCCAAGUUUUGGCCGGUGGACGUGGUAAAGGACACUUCAAAAAUGGGCUGAAGGGAGGCGUACGAAUCGUGGAAAACCCCGCUGAAGCCAAGAAAAUCGCUGAAAAAAUGGUCAAUCAAUUGCUAGUCACAAAACAAACCGGUGCAGGUGGUCGUAUUUGUAAUUCUGUUAUGGUCGCUGAACGAAAAUUCCCACGUCGUGAAUUCUAUUUUGCCGUGAUGAUGGAGCGUGCUUUCAAUGGACCAGUUAUAAUCGCAUCAUCGCAAGGUGGUGUUAAUAUUGAAGAUGUUGCAGCUGAAAAUCCCGAUGCUAUUAUCUAUGAACCAAUUAACAUCAAAGAAGGCCUAACUCCAGAAGUUGCAUGUCGUGUUGCUUCGAAAGUUGGCCUAGACGAACAUGCCGACGAAAUCACCAAAAUGUUGAUGAAUAUGUAUGACCUGUUCGUCAAGAAAGAUGCUUUACUGAUUGAAAUCAAUCCAUAUGCUGAAGAUGCAAUUGAAGGAUCGAAAUUCUUUGCUCUCGAUGCCAAAUUCCGUUUUGAUGACAACGCUGAAUUCCGACAAAAGGAAUUGUUUGCUCUCCGUGAUUGGACACAAGAAGACCCCAAAGAAGUGGAGGCCUCCAAGUAUGACUUGAACUACAUUGCAUUGGAUGGAACAAUUGGAUGUUUAGUUAAUGGUGCAGGUUUAGCUAUGGCCACCAUGGAUAUCAUCAAAUUGCAUGGAGGUGAUCCAGCCAACUUCUUGGAUGUUGGUGGCGGUGCCACUGCCCAAGCUGUCAAGGAAGCCUUCAAAAUCAUUACGUCAGAUUCUAAGGUGCACGCUAUCCUUGUGAAUAUUUUCGGCGGUAUCAUGAGAUGUGAUGUCAUCGCAGAAGGUAUUAUUGCUGCCGCCAAGGAGUUAGACAUGAAAACACCAAUUGUAGUCCGAUUGCAGGGCACAAACGUCAAUGAAGCUAGGGAAUUAAUUAAAAAAUCAGGUCUGCGAAUUCUUCCGCGUAACGAUCUAGAUGAGGCCGCCAAUAUGGCUGUGCAUUUGGCUAAGAUUGUUCAUUUGGCUCGUCAAGUUAAAAUGGACGUUAAUUUCGAAAUACCCGAGUAUGCAAUGUAGACACGUUUACUGUUGCCAAGUUUUACAAUCUUUGUUUGUUAGUUAAGUUAUUUCAAAGUGAAACAAUUGCACCAACAUAGAUUUUAACUCAAUAUAAAAGUCACAAUAAACUUUAACAAAAUCCGUGUCCAAAGGACAUGGUGGAAUUUCUACAUCAUCAAAGAUGAAACGGCUUUGAAUAACGUUGUUUAUCGCUAAUGUUUAAGUUAAAUGAUGACAAAACUAUUAUUUAUUUUGUUAUAUUCUAUCUAGAUAUUUUCGUUUCGAUAUAUUUCGUUGCUUUUUCUCUUUUUCUUUCCUCCAUUUUUAUUGGAAUAGAUUUUACUUUCUUCUUAUAAAGAUUUAGUUUUAAUAUAAAUUUGUUUCGUUACAAUCUAAUUUAACGUGAAUAUAUUUCUUGCAUUGAACGAUUAUUCAAUCAAAAUUAUUGAAGAGUUGAAUUUGAUGAUAAUAAGCGAAGUUCGGGUGGCGAAAAAGGAAGUGGCCAGAAAGCAAAAGCUAGAAAAACACCACAAGUGAAAGGCUUAUGUUAGAAACAAAAUUUUUGAUAUGAAUAUUUUAUUCGAAAUAAAUUGUUAAUUCUUAAAAUCAACAUUGUAAACAUCUGAUCCUCAUAAAUGUUCAUUAUACGGAAAACGAAG